AUGGCUUCGGAACUUGUUGAAAGACUUCAGGAAUGGCUUCCGUGGACCAAGAGUCAAAAGGAGCAGAGCACUUAUAAAUAUGGCGUUCUUGAAUCAGACGAGAUUCGGACAUUGUUGAUCCAACCUGGUGCCAGCGGAAGCCCCCUGACCGGCCAAAUCGAGCAACACAAGCUUGGUGACCCUGAUAAGUCCUACGAGGCUCUUUCCUACGUCUGGGGGAGCCCGAAGCGUGGAAAUGUUAUACGGAUUGGCGAAAAGGAUGUUCUGGUCACGCGAAAUGCUACAGAGCUUCUGCUGCAUCUCCGUGAUGAACACCAUCCCCGCCGGGUAUGGAUUGACGGCAUCUGCAUCGACCAAGACAAUCUAGACGAGAGGAGUCAUCAAGUCACGCUGAUGCAGGCGAUAUUCUCAGGAGCUUCAAGCGUUCUGAUAUGGGUUGGGGAAUCAGACGAAGAUACCGAGAGUGUCUUCUCGUUUUUUACUUUGAUGGACGAACGACGUCGAGAUCGGGCCGAGGCUGAGACAAACGAGGACCAGAAUGAGCAUCCGGAUACUGAGUUUGUCAGAAAGAGUAUUAAGGAUCCCUCCAAGGUUCGAAAAUUUGCAGAUCGCCCCUGGUUCCAUCGAUCUUGGACUUUUCAGGAAGCAUGCCUUUCACCCGAAUCGUAUCUGAUCUGUGGAAAACAUCAACUGCACUGGCGGAUCUUUGUUUCGGCGGCCCUGUACCUGACAUCCGCGGGAAUGCUCAACGUAUUCGGUCAGUCGGCAGAUACGAUUGUGGCUCUCGCAAAUCUGGCCGCUGCAAAUCCCAGCCACCAAACUCCGUAUCUUUCCGUCAUCCUUCCGUUGACGCGCGAACUGAAAGCUGCAAGCCCCCUCCCUGUAUCUGAGGUGUACGCGCGAACCGCCAAAGCUACGAUGGUGCAAGAACAGGGACUCUCGGUCCUGUCUGGCGUCCGUGGACCAGACCGGCAGGAUCGAAACUUGCCCUCCUGGGUACCUGAUUGGAAUCGUUCCCGGCCUGCUGCUUAUUUUCACGGAUAUGACUGGCCCAACACAACUCAUCUGUAUGAUAUUAACAAAGGCGCAAGCUUCCCGAAUGACAUCCCGGAUGAUCUCGGACCAGAAACUCACAUCCUGAAGCUGAGAGGUGCGAGGCUCGAUGUCAUAACCCACGUGUGCGACGGGAAAAGACUGCUACUCGAGACUGCCACAUUGAAAGGAAGGACAGACAAAAUAGCUGCCCUGUCCGCCAAUGACGAAAUGAACCUGUUGCGGAAAGAACUUGAUAAAAUCCCCUUGAAACUCGGAUUUUCGCCCUUGGACAGAUACAAGCAGACCCGGGAGGAUAUCAUCCAAGCUCUCGUGAGAACGCUGACUGCCGACCGAGGUGGGAUUGGGGGGGAAGGAGGGGGGAAAUGGUUCACGGACUAUGAAGAAUUAUGGCACCUUAGUAUGAGGAGGGAGGUUUUCCUCGGGAGCCGCUGGCUCUGGGCCAUAAGCGGGAACGAACCAAACCCAGACGUAACUGAACAGAUGAGCGUGCUAACCAUUGCCAUGUGGACCUUCAUGGCGGGGAGGAAGAUAUUCAGAACGCGUCAUGGGCUGCUUGGGAUUGCAGCCGAAGGCACCAAGAUUGGAGACGAGGUGUGGGAUAUAAUCGGCGGGCAGGUCCCGUUUGUGCUGAGGUCGAAGAAGACAUGGUUCCGGGAGAACCCAGGCACAGCAGGGACGGCAAGAUUACAAGUAGUCGGUGAAGCGUACGUUCAUGGGGUGAUGAAGGGUGAGCUUUGGAAGACGGCGGAGGAGGAGGAGACUACGCGGAGGAGCACAAAUACGUGGAGCAGCACAGAUACGACUUCCGACGCUUUAUACGGCGAUGCUCUUGAGUUUGAAGACCUGGAACUAAUUUGA